CUCUCUCCCUCCUCCGAUAAACACAGAAACAGAAAGAUAUUUAGAUAUAUAGAAUCUAUGCUCCCCACCCCUCUCUUUCUCUUACUGGGCUCCACUUCUCCCCUCCACCUCCACCACCCUCGGUACCUCCUCCACCACCAACAUCAUCAUCGUCGUCAUCAUCAUCAUACCAUCAUAUUUAAGUUUUUAACACCCUUUACCAAAACACCGAACUUAUUCUUUCUCAUUUCUUUCUUUAUAAGCCAACUUUCUUUAUCUUUCUCUUCUAAUCUAUAGAAAAUAUACAAAACAACACAAAACAAAUAUAUAUAUAUAUAUAUAUAAUAGUCGAAACAAUUUUUUCUUUACCUUGUAACUAUUUCGUACAGAUUUUACCGGCCAUGCCGACGCCGGUAACAACAGCAAGGCAAUGCUUGACUGAAGAAGCAGCUCACGCUCUCGACGAGGCAGUGAACGUCGCACGCAGAAGAGGACAUGGCCAGACCACGUCGCUUCAUGCCGUCUCGGCUCUGUUAUCACUCCCUUCGUCACCUCUACGCGAAGCGUGUGCGCGUGCGAGGAACUCUGCGUACUCACCGCGACUCCAAUUCAAAGCGCUCGAGCUCUGCCUCGGGGUGUCACUCGACCGAGUGCCGACGAGUCAACUCGGUGAUGACUCACCUCCUGUUUCGAACUCGCUCAUGGCUGCUAUUAAGCGUUCGCAAGCGAACCAGAGGAGACAGCCGGAGAAUUUCAAUUUGUAUCAUCAAAUUCAACAGCAGCAGCAAUCGUCUUCUUCGAUUUCGUGUAUUAAAGUGGAGCUUCAGAACCUGAUUCUAUCGAUUUUGGAUGAUCCGGUUGUGAGCCGGGUUUUCGGUGAAGCGGGAUUUCGGAGCUCGGAAAUCAAGUUGGCUAUUGUUAGACCGUUGCCUCAGGUUUUUAAAUUCCCAUCCUCACGUUUCAAAGGCCCGCCCUUGUUUUUAUGCAAUAUAUUAUCAAGUGAGGAUCCGGAUUCGUUGUACUCGUGUCCGGGUCGGAGCGGUGUUUUUAGUUUUCCAUUUUCGGGCGGGUCGUUCCUUAAUAAUAACAACAGCAGUCAUAGUACUACUAAUAGGGAUGUUAAUUGUCGGAGGAUUGGUGAGGUUCUAGCGAGCAGCAGAGGGAGGAAUCCUCUGCUUGUAGGUUCAGGUGCUUACGAUACACUUGCAAUUUUUAGUGAGAUAGUAGAGAAAAGAAAAGAGAAUAUCUUGCCUGUGGAGUUACGUGGGUUAAGUGUUAUUUGCAUUGAAAGCUAUGUUAACAAGUUUAUUACAAGUGAGGAUUUUGAUAAAAAGAGAGUGGAUUUGAGGUUUGAGGAGUUGGGUCAGUUUGCGGAGAGGCAUUUGGGACCUGGGUUGCUGGUGAAUUUUGGUGACUUGAAGGCAUUUGUUAGUGACGACAGUGAUAAUAAUGGUUUGGGUGAUGCAGCUAGUUAUGUUAUUGAGAAACUGACCAAGCUGUUGCAGUUAUAUGGAGGGAGGGUGUGGCUUAUCGGUGCGGCGAGUUAUGAGAACUAUUCCAAGUUUGUUGGAAGAUUUCCUUCCACUGAAAAGGAUUGGGAUUUGCAGCUCUUGCCUAUCACUUCUCUCCCGACUUCUUCCAUGGCUGAAUCUUACCCCAGGUCAAGCUUGAUGGAGUCAUUUGUUCCAUUUGGCGGGUUCUUCUCCACACCUUCUGACUUGAAUGGCCCUUUAAAUACCCCAUACCAUUGUAUACCCCUUUGUCAUCUAUGCAAUGAGAAGUGCAAACAAGAAAUACUUUCUGUUUCAAAGGGAGGAUUUGUCGGCUCAGUAGCAGACCAUUACCAAUCUAGCUUACCUUCUUGGCUGCAGAUGGCUGAAAUCGGCACUAACAAGGGACUGGAUGCGAAGACCAGAGAUGAUGGAACGGUAUUGAGUGCCAAAGUUGCAGGUCUGCAAAGGAAAUGGGACAAUAUAUGUCAGCGUCUUCAUCACACCCAGCCACCUGGGUUAAACACUCAUCUCCCUCAGUUUCCAACUGUUGCGGGCUUUCAGCUGGUUGAAGACAAAAAGGAAAAUGCUGAAAAUCCUAGAAGCAAAAAUACAAGUGCACUGCCAAAUGGAAGCAGAUGUGUGAAUGUAAAUUCAUGCAUUCCCUCUGACAUACAAAAGACACCGAGAAAGCAAUUAGGUUUUCCUCUUCCUAUUGUUUCUGAGGCUAAGAGUGAUUGUAUUCUAUCCAAGCAACGGGAAAAACCUUCAAAAGAAGAAGAUCUUGAGUCUGGUGGCUUCAGUUCUCCACAGAAUUUCUCCAAUUCGAGCAUAGUUGAUGGCAGUCAAGCAUCUCCAACAUCCAUGACUUCUGUGACCACAGAUUUGGGCUUGAGAAUAAGUUCCGUCCCUACUAGUAAUGAACUGAAGAAAACUGUAAAUCAAAACCACAUGGAGCUUCCACAGGACCGAUCAGGUUCCUUUUCAGCAAAUGUUGAUGUUGUGCAUGGGAGUAUGUCUGACCAUUGGGCUCCAUCAUCAUCAUCAUCUUCUUCUCCUGACUACGGCGGGCAGUUUGAUCUCAGCAAUGCCAAGAUGCUCUUUAGAGCUGUCGUUGAAAGGGUUGGCUGGCAAGAUGAAGCUAUACGCGUUAUUAGCCAAACAAUAGCUCGCUGCAAGGCAAGAAAUGAGAAACGACAGGGGGCAAGUCUCAGAGGGGAUAUAUGGUUCAGUUUCUGUGGACCUGAUAGGCGUGGGAAAAAGAAAAUUGCUUCUGCCCUUGCAGAAAUCAUAUAUGGAAGCAGGGAGAACUUUAUUUCUGCAGAUUUAAGUGCCCAAGAUGGGAUGAUCCAUACCCACAUGCUCUUUGACCACCCAGAGGUGAAUGGCUACACUGCAAAGUUAAGGGGGAAGACUGUGGUUGAUUUUGUUGCCGGGGAGCUGUGCAAGAAACCCUUGUCUAUUGUGUUUCUUGAAAAUAUAGACAAGGCUGAUGUGCAGGCUCAAAAGAGCUUGUCACAUGCUAUUCAGACUGGUAAAUUUGCAGAUUCUCAUGGGAGAGAAAUUGGAAUCAGCAAUGCAAUAUUCGUGACAACUUCAACAUUGACGGAGGAUAAAGUUUGCUCUUCUAGUAAUGAGUUCUUCACCUAUUCCGAGGAGAGAAUAUCAAGAGUCAGGGACUGGCCAGUGAAGAUAUUAAUUGAACAAGCUCUUGAUGACGAAGUAGGCAAAAUGGUUGCUCCAUUCACACUGAGAAAAGGCGUCUCUGGUUCUAUCUUUUUGAAUAAAAGAAAGCUGGUUGGGGCAAAUCAAAAUCUAGACAGACAAGAAAUCAAAGAGAUGGUGAAACGAGCUCAUAAGACGUCAGCUAGGAAUCUAGAUCUGAACCUUCCUGCAGAAGAGAAUGAUGUGCUAGACACUGACGAUGGAAGCUCUGAUAAUGAUCAUGCAUCUGACAACUCCAAGGCUUGGUUGCAAGAUUUUCUUGAAAAAAUUGACGCAAGAGUGUUUUUCAAGCCUUUUGAUUUUGAUGCUCUUGCUGAAAGAAUAUUGAAUGAACUUAAUGGGUGCUUCCACAAGAUUGUAGGUUCGGAAUGCUUGCUAGAUAUUGAUCCAAAAGUCACGGAGCAGUUACUCGCAGCUGCGUAUUUAUCUGAUCGGAAGAGAGUGGUUGAGGAUUGGGUGGAGCAAGUUCUUGGUUGGGGAUUUGUUGAAGUUUUGAGAAGGUACAAACUGAAAGCAAAUUCCAUUGUGAAACUUGUUGCCUGCAAGGGCUUGUUUGUAGAAGAGCGCAUGUCAGGAGAUCACCUUCCAACAAAAAUUAUAAUCAGCUGAUGCCUUCAAAAAGGGCAAUUCCUGUGUUUUUUAAUGUGUAAUUUAGCAUUUAGGAUCAAGUAGCUCUUGUUUAUCCUCUUAAUCCCAUCAAUUCUAGCGGGUUUUGCAGGAUAGGUACGUGUAAUUGUGUAUUAAUUAUAAUCUGCAUGUAGUGCUUUGGUGAUGUGUCACCUGCUUGUUAAAUACAUAGUUAUAUGUCUUCAUUGCUUU